CAUAUGUAAUACAAGUAAACUCUGAAUUGGUGAAAUCAUGUAGUUACAGAGAAUGAAUACACAUAACUAUAAGAUAAAUGAAGACAUGCACUCUGCUAAUGCAGAUGAAUUAUGGGAAAAGUCACAUGGACUUCCAAUUUGGAGGAAAAUCUGUUUUGCAAUUGGUGGAAUCCCAUAUCAAAUUACAAGCACCGUGCUAGGAUUUUUCAUGAGUAUAUUUCUCCUAGAGGUGGCUCAGGUUCAGCCUGCCUAUGUGUCUGUCAUUGUUUUUGGAGGGAAACUCUGGUAUGCCAUGACUGAUCCCAUCUGUGGAUAUCUUGUUAACAGGACUAAACCAACCUCAUGGGGCAUAUACAGACCAUGGAUUCUGCUGACGACCCCCUUUGCCUGUGUGACCUAUUUUUGUUUCUGGGCUGUCCCUGACUACAGAGAGGAGGGUAAACUGGUGUGGUACCUGACAUUCUACUGUCUGUUUCAGGGCUUCCUCUCUGGAGUCCAUGUGCCCUACACAUCCAUGACUAUGAGCUUCAGUACCAGUCAGCAAGACAGAGACUCAAUAACAACUUACAGAAUGGUUGCUGAAGCCAUUGGGGUUAUGACUGGGGUGAUCAUUCAAGGUCAUUACAUCAAAAAGCAUAGAACAGCUGGAGCAUGCAAUAAAUUAUCUGGGUCCUUAAAUUCUACAGUGUCAACAAACAACAAUUUAAUAGAGCAGAUAAAUUCAUACCAUGAUGCAUCUGUGACUAUAGUUAGUCUUUAUAUUGCCUGCAUCCUUGUUUGUUUCUAUGGUACAAAGGAACACAAAGUCAAACAAGUGAUGUCAGGAGAUGGUUUCUUUAGAGGAUUACGGAAAGUAUUGUUCUUCCGACCCUAUCUGAAGUUAUCCAUGUCUGUUUUAUUUUUGUCUUUAGCAAUCUCAAUUACUCAAGGAAACUUGGCUCUAUUCUGUACAUACUCACUUGGCAUGGGCAAAUAUUUCUCCACAUUCAUCACCAUCAUCAUGGCCUCCACAAUCUGUAGUCUACCUGUCUGGCAUUUUAUACAAAUGAAAAUUGGCAAGAAGAGAACCUUUGCCGCUGGAAUGUUGAUGUUCAUCCCUGUUUUGCUGUCACAGCUUUUCCUUCGUGACAGCUUUCUUGUUUACACUAUUAUACUGGUCUUCGCUGGAUUAAGCAUUGCAGUCUCACUUCUUCUACCAUGGUCUAUGCUUCCUGAUGUAAUAGACGAGUUUUAUCUCACACAUGGACAACAUAAAGAUGCUAUUUUUUACUCCUUUUAUGUUUUCCUCAACAAACUAGCUACAGGACUAGCAGUGGCCUCUUCUCAGUUUGCUUUAAAGUAUGGUGGAUACCGAGUUGGGGACUGUGAACAACCCCCUGGUGUGGGACUUGCCCUGAGGUAUCUAAUGAUACCGGGCCCCAUUAUAGCUGUGGUGAUUGCUUUAUUUGGUUUUGGUCAGAUGUUCCCAGAGAUGGGAAGGAGUUUUAACCAGACAUACCGAUGUUAUUCUGUCACUAUGCUUGGAGAAAGAGAUGACGUGGAACGAGGAGGAAAAAUAAUUAUGCCUCCAUCAGCACUAGAUCAGCUAACUCGAUUACACAUUCAGUAUCCAAUGCUUUUCAAGCUGACAAACAAGAAAAAGAACCGAGAAACUCACUGUGGAGUUCUAGAGUUUGUAGCUGAUGAGGGAAGAAUCUACAUUCCUUAUUGGAUGAUGACAAAUUUGUUAUUAACAGAGGGAGAUCUGAUUCAAGUGGAAAAUGUUUCCCUGAAAGUCGCCACUUUUGCCAGAUUUCAGCCACAAUCUGUGGACUUUCUUGACAUCACUAACCCUAAAGCUGUAUUGGAAAAUAUGCUUAGAAGUUUUGCCUGCUUGACAACAGAUGAUAUUAUAUCUAUAAAAUACAAUGAAAGGAAUUAUGAUAUGUUGGUGCUGGAGACUAAACCAGACAGGGCAGUAUCUAUCAUUGAGUGUGAUAUGAAUGUUGACUUUGCUCCACCUGUGGGAUACAAAGAACCUGAGUCAUGGAAGAAAGCACAAGGAGAGGAGGAGAUGGCAUCCGCUGAAGUGGAUAACAUGGAUAUUGAAGAUUCCUCAUUUAAAGUUUUCAGUGGUGCUGGGAAUAGACUAGACGGGAAAAAGAAAGGCACAGAGCCAUCUCCAAUAGAAACUACAAAUGCAGUCCAAAAGAGAGGGAUUCCAGACUAUGGCUAUAAAAAGGGAACCAUUAAGUUCAUAAGAACUCAGAGACAGACCAACAAUGAAGCUACAGAGGAUGAAAAAUCAUUUGAAGCGUUUUCUGGUACUGGUCAAUCACUGAGGAAGAAGGGACGGAAAUGACCUAUGGACUUAAUUACUAUAUGUUCUGUUAUUUAUUUCUAUGGAUAUUUGUUUUGCAAUAUGACAUUUAUUCUUGAGCAAAAGUGCCAAGCAUGCUCAGUUUAUCAAAGAAAUCGUUUCAUUUGGUUGCAUGCAAAAAUGUGACAUAUGUUUCAUAACAAUACACAAAUGGAUAAAGAUAAA